AUGGAGAGACUAGACGUAAACGUCAGGAAUCGCAGACCAGAGGCACUGAAUACUAUACCCUCCCCCUCAACUUCUAGUAUUGCUCCAAGUCAGCACAUCGACCCGAUGCGGUCGCCCUCGCACCACAAGCAGCCGCCGUAUCAGGCCGCGCAACUUUCCCCCGUCGCGUCUCGGCGGAAUAUGCUUCCGCAGCAGAAUAUCGCGCAGCAACGUGCCGCGCCGAGUCCCCGCGGCCGGAAGCCGCCAAUUUCACCGCCGUCGCCCGCCGCGCUUUCCGCGGGCUCCGCCGCUGUGGGCGGACUCCCGGAACCUUCCUCGCACAACGCCCCGCGGAGGUUCAGCUCUUGCCCCGUGCGGUCGGAGGCGCAACGUUCGCCGCAUUCCGUGGCGUCAAAUGCGUCGGCCUCCGCUCCCGCCGCUGCCGCUAUUUCGUCGUUUCCUCUCGUUGGAAUAUGGGCCAAGCAGUCGAAACAACCCGCGGCGUAUGCGGAUGGCGGAAGCCGGAUUUCCGCGGAAGCGGACGCUCCCGCGGCGGCCGGUGGUUCAGCGAGACGGGAAGACCGCGCGCGGAAUGAGUUAUUGCCCCCAUCCGCCAGCAGCGACGCUCGAAGCGGUUCGGCGCGCCACGCGCGCGAUGUUUCCGGCAGCGAUAGAAGCAUCGGCGACACUUCCGCCCGAUACAGCCCCCGAAUCGGGGAUGCUUGUGCGUCUUUCGAGGAGACAACCGGCGGAAAGCGUCAGGAAGCCGCGAAUGGCGCCGUGACUGACGGCGCGAGUGACGGCGAGAGUGACGGCGGUGAUUCGGACGACGAGUUCGUGGGACUUUAUUGGACGGCCGUGGAGCACCGUCAAGCGGCAAACGCGGCGCUUUCCACGGCGCUGAAUCGGCUCGGAGUGGGCGCAAAAGGGGGGAGAGGGGAACCAAAUUCGGGCGGGGGAAGCGCGCGCCACGGCGGACGCGGCAACGUUGCGGAAGGGUUCGGCGGAGGCGGGAAGUCGGAAGGGCACGGCGGAAGGCGGAGGCGGAGCAGCAGCUGGGGCGACCUCGCGGAGUCGCAGCUUCCGUUACAGGGGGGUGAGGGGGACGGAAGCAGGCGGUUCGCGCGGAGACAAGUGGGAUGUGGGGAAGGCGGUUCCGGCGAUAUCGCGACGGGCUCGGGCAGGCUUGGAGAAAAAGAAACCGCCGCUGCGGCUGCCGCUGCUGCUGCUGCUGCAGAUUUUGCUUUUCCCAAAUACGGCGCGGCUAGUAACGGGGUUGCGCGUAGCGGGGAUGAGGACGCGCGGCCGGGGCACAGGCGGCGGCACAGCAUCACGUGUAUCGACACGGAGCUGAAGGAAUUCCUUGACUUGGUUGACUUGGACGACGAGGAAGCUGCGGAGGAAGAUUCCGAGGAAGGGGAGAAGGGGGAAGCGGAGCCGGGGGAAGCGGAGGGAGAAGCGGAACGUGGGGGUGGGGUGCGCAGGAGGAAUCUUGUAAGGAGAGACACCAGGGGCCGCCCCGCAGCUGCAGCAGUCGCGUCGCCGACCGUCAGUAACCGCGCGACUUCGCGCACUAGUAACCCUUCGCCUCGUACCCGUUCCGGUCCACUGCUCGCCAACCCCCGCGCUGUCGCCGCGGCCAGCCUCGGCGCCGCGCGCCGGCCCUCGCGGCGCCGCAGCCAGACGUGCAUCGACGCGGAAUUGAAGGAAUUCCUUGACCUCAUUGACUCGGACGAAGGGGAGGAGGGGGAGGAAUGCCCUCCGCGCGUCGAGGCGGAGGGGAGGACGGGGAGGGAGCGCAGGGAGGGCGGAGCGGGCGGGGAAGGAGGGGAGGGGGAAAGGGGAGGGGCCAGAGAGGAUGACGUGGACGAGUUCAUGAGCACCCGAGUCGUGCACCUCCCCGCACCGCUUCCCACCGUUACGGACCCUCUUAUGCCGGCACCAUAUAGCGCAAGAGCAGCAGCGGCAGAGGAACGCGCAGGGAGCGGUAACGCAAAAACCCCUUCUGGUUCCAACUCCAACUCCUCCUCCUCCGCCUCUGUUUUCUCCACUGCUCUCACGCCUGUAGCCCCCGACGACCUCCCUCUUGGGUACUCCGCCUCCUCCCCCACGCCCCUCUCUCCCGCCUCACUGGUUUCCCCAUCAGCCAGCCCCUUAACGUCCCCCUCAGCACCUGUUGCUGCAGCAGCGUUUUCGCGGCACUCACCAGCAGCACUGGCCUCUAAUGGUGCCAGCACGCCCAAAAGCGGGGCCAUGGCUGCGCGGCUAGCAGCAGCUGCGGGUGCGAGAAGAGGAGGGUGUGCGGGUGGUGACUCGAGCAGGGUUGGUGUGAGCCGCUCUGGUGGCGUUGCGUCUCUGUGGGCCGCUGCCUCGCACAACCCUGCCAUUGCUCAAUCGUCCCGCCGCCCUGCCGCUGCUGUCGUCCCAGGUGCUGCUGCGUACACAGGUGGUGCACCUGCUGCUGCUGCUGCUGCCGCAGACAGGGCGACUGCUCGACCUGCCAACUCGCUGCGUGUGAACGGCCGGCGCCUCAGCGCGGGCGACCUCAGUGCUCUGCUCGGCGGCAGCAGCUUUGAAAUUAGCGAUUCUGACUACACGUCUGGUUACGCCACUGGUUACCCCACCAAAGACACGGGUGUAAUCAUGGCAGUGGAUGGGUAUAGCAGCAGCGGCGGCAGCAGCAGCGAGCGGUCGAGGCUAAUGUGCUUGAAUGAGGCGCGGCGGAUCGCCGGUGUCUGCUACCCCUCACUUGCAGCCGGCUCCCCUGCUCCUGGUCCUCCUGGUCCUCCUGGUCCCUCUGGCCCUUCUGGUCCUGCCAGUCCUCCUGGCCGUCUCGGGCCUCUCGGGUCCCUAGGCCCUCUCGCCCCUCCUCGCCCUGUUUCCAUUGGCAAGCCGCUUGGAGGUGACAUCACCAGGCUGUCCGAGUCUCCCCGAGCUGCCCCUAGGGUUGGUCAGGAUCUUCUUGGGAAUGCUCUGCCGGGCAGUGCCUGUGAACUUUUUCCUGCCCGUGGAAAGCUGCUGCGACCUGGCACUCCGGGAGUGCCUUCCCUUGGAGGGGCUGGGAGGGUUGCUGAUGGUGCUGCGUCUACCCCAGUAGCUGCUGCUUCCUCUCUUGCUGCUUCUCCCGGCCAGCGCCUGUGUCAACUGGCAGGAUUUAUCUUCCACUCCCCGGUCGUUUCAACACACAGCAAGCAUCACAGCUCGUGA